AUGACACCGAGAAGCUACUCGAAAUACGCCAAGUUCAUUGGGGACGAUGAAUUCGUACGGAACUUCAUCCCCGGUGCUGGAGCUGAAUCCGAGAGCAGCGAGCCGGUUGAGGCGUACAUUUUCCCAACAAGCCCAAAGUACCUGGUUGGCGAGUUGAGGCCCUACCAGUUGGAAGGGCUGAAUUGGCUGGUGAAGAUGCACGAAGGCGGAAUAAACGGGAUUCUGGCUGACGAAAUGGGACUAGGAAAGACGGUGCAGAGCAUCUGCCUGCUUGGAUACAUCAAGUUUGUGAAGAACGAGAACAGGAAGUCGCUGAUUGUGGUGCCGAAGUCGGUGCUUGAAAACUGGAGCAACGAGUUCAGGCGGUUUGUCCCUGGGCUCAAAACGCGUACGUUCUGGUGCUCGCGUGACUCGAUGGCCGUGGAAGCAAAGGACGUGGCCCUGAAGAAGUACGAUGCGAUCAUCACGACGUACGAGAUGUGCCUGAAUGCCAGAAAGUGGCUUCGUCGCGUCCACUUCGAGUACCUGAUCGUGGACGAGGGCCAUCGCCUGAAGAACGAGAACUCGCUGCUUGCGAAGACGCUGAGGGGCUUCCACUUCAGGCGCAGGCUGCUUCUGACUGGGACACCUCUCCAAAACAACAUCCACGAGCUGUGGUCUCUGCUGAACUUCAUUCUCCCUGAGCUGUUUGCUGACUCCGAGAAGUUCGAGGAGCUGGUGAAGGAGGCUGGGCAGCGCGAGAGCGUGGAGAAGAUCGAGAAGCUGCGUCAGGUGCUCUCAUGCUUCUUUCUGCGCAGAGAGAAGCAUGAAGUUGAGACAGCCCUUCUUCCAAAGAAGAGCACGAACAUCUACUGCCCGAUGAGUGCGAUGCAACGCGACUGGUACAGGGCGGUGCUGAAUCGCGACCUGGGCGGGCUGAUUCGCGGCAGAUCGGCGAACAAGACGGGGCUGCUGAACAUUCUGAUGCAGCUGCGAAAGGUGUGCAACCACCCGUACCUUUUUGAGGGGGCUGAGGCCGACACGGAGUGCACUGGAGAGGACCUCGUCGAUGCGUCUGGGAAGAUGCGCGUGCUCGACACGAUGCUUGCGAACCUGAGAAGUAGCGGAUCGAGGGUGCUCCUCUUUUCGCAGAUGUCUCGCGUCCUUGACAUCCUGGAAGACUACCUGGUGAUGCGUGGCUACCGAUACAGGCGAAUAGACGGAAACACGGAGGGGUCUCUCCGUAACAAAUACAUCGAGGAAUACAACGCACCAGAAAGCGAGUAUUUCAUAUUCAUAUUAACCACCAGGGCAGGAGGACUAGGAAUCAACCUGUACACCGCUGACACGGUGAUACUGUACGACUCGGACUGGAACCCGUAUGCGGAUUUGCAGGCGCAGGACAGGGCGCAUCGCAUUGGGCAGACGAGGCAGGUGCAGGUCUUCCGACUUGUGGUGGAAAAUUCGAUCGAAGAGAACAUUGUUCUACGGGCACAGAAGAAGCUGAAGUUGGACGAGGUGCUGUUGAAGAAGGACGGAAGACGACACGGCGGGGCACUGUCGCAGAAGGAGAUGAUGCAUCUUCUUGCGACUGGGCUCGAUGCGAUUGAGAAUGAGCGGAAUGAGAAUCAGCCACUUUCAUUUGAGGAGAUUCUGAAAGUGGGGGCUGAGAAGACGCGGCUGAUGGAGAAGCAGAUUGAGGAGUUUCGGAUUGGGGCAGAGGAGAACGAGCGAGUUGACAUGUUCAACUGGGACGGAGAAGACCAGAGCAGGAGACGUCUCGACCAAUUUGUGGCAGAGGCCCAGGUUGAGUCGGGGACCAAGAGAAUGUGCGUAUUCAAAAACACCUCAUUUCGCCCUAUGAACUUCCCACCCUACCAAUUCUACCCUAAGGAGUUCUUUAGCAUUCAGGAAGCAGAGGCCGAUUUCCACGGGAAGGGGAUGCCGCUAUCUGCUGAGUUACAGCAGCGAAAAGAGGGGCUACUGAAAGAGGGAUUUGACUGGACUAAGAAGGACUAUAAGACAUUUCUGGCUGUGCUGGAAGCGUAUGGGAGAGACAAGCUUAAGGUUUGUAAGGCAAUGGCGUACAAGAAUGACGUGGCACGCUAUUACGACGUAUUCUUUGACCGAAUUGAGGAACUCGAAGACUGCGACAGGAUUCUACUGCUUCUAUCAAGGACAGAGGAGAGGCUGGGUGCAGUGGCGCAGAUGAAGGAGAUCAUCGAGGACUUGGAGCCACACGAGAUCGAGAAGCGCGUCAGCAGCAAGAACAGGGCCUAUUUGGAUAACGCAACUAUCCUUAGGAAGUAUGCGAAAUACGCAGAUGGGCCAAAUCCAAUUGAAAAUGUCAGGGCAGAUUUGAUGGCAGAUCCAAUGACAAAUUUGGAUUGGAUUCUGUUGACGAAGUCACCUCAUGAGCUUCAGAAACACAUCAAUGCAUUGAUACAGCAACUAAUUCGACCGAAUAAAUGA